AUGUCGCUCACUCCGAGUCGAAAGCCCUCCUCAGGUCAGCGCAGGUGCUCAGUCGGCACUGGUGGUGGCAGCGGCGGGCGAUACUCCCAUAGUGACACAUCCAGUACUCACACCUACCCCGGUCGGGUUAAGGCAGCAGAGGGCAGCCCCACGGCUCGGACAUAUCCUAGCACACCCAGGCGCCAAGCAAAGCACACAGCCUGCAGUGACAACCAUGGGAUCAGGCCCCCGACCCCGGAGCAGUACCUCACCCCUCUGCAACAGAAGGAGGUGUGUAUCCGACAUCUACGAGCCCGGCUGAGGGACAAUGUGGAAAGACUACAACACAGAGACUGUGAAAUAGACGAGUUGAGGACCCAACUGUACAGGAUGCAGGAGGACUGGAUAGAGGAGGAAUGUCACCGCGUUGAGGCCCAGCUGGCACUGAAAGAGGCCCGCAAGGAGAUCCAACACCUUCAGGAGGUGGUCGGGACGGUGAGGUCCAACCUAAGCGUCCGCGAACAAGAACCCCAUGACCACAAGCCAUACUCAGGGUUGCAGGGAGCUCGGCCAGGGGGCAGGUCUCGCUCCUGCGGCUGUUCCCCGGCCAGCACUUUGAGUCGCAGCACCACCCGCACCCGACUGAGCAGCGAGGCCCUGCAUCUGGAGCACGGCCCGAACGCUCCCGAGUCCAGCAGAGCGUCCCGCCCGGCAGGACAAACCCACCUGCUCCUGGAGGCGGCCCUCCUAUCAGAGCAGCUGCCUCCGCAGGGCCACCUGCGCGGCCCCCAGACGGUGCCACGCUCUUCCACCUACGAAAGGCUGUGCAGCGGGGGUGCAGUGUUGCCAAUCUCCCACUCCUGCCACACUCUCAGCAGCAGCAGCUGCAAGUGCACCGGGCACGCCUACGUCCCUCAUCAUCACUUGUUCCUGCAUUUACCUCAGGAGGAGGCCCCGGUUACAGCCAGAACUUCUGCCGCCCCUGCCUCUGAUCCCAUCCCGACUCCUACUCCUUCCCCUGCAGCACAGAAGAGACCAGAGGUGCGCUCCCAGGCCUGCAGCCCUACCAUGAGCUGGCUGUGUGAGGAAGGCGGUGGCGAAGAGCUGAGUAUCAUUUCUUUAGCCACAGAAGACGUCAGAACCCCCUCAGGACCACAUCUGUUUCCAUCGUCUUUACCCGCCUCGUCCCCUCCAGAGCAUCCAUACAGCGCAGAGCCGCUACAGCCCGACAAACCAGAGGAGGUAACAAAGGUGCCAGCGGAGCCCCACACCUGCCAGCCCCCACCUACAGCUCCACUCCCGGAGAGGCAGGACGCCGUAGUGGUGGAGAUAGAAGAGGACAACGGGGACGAACCUGAAGGUAGAAACGAAGACGGGUAUUCCCCUCAGCUGUGCCACUGGAGCCGAUACUUUCUGGUGGACCUGUUGGCUCUGGCGAUGCCGGUGGUCCCAACCAUGGCGUGGCUGUGUCGGGGGGCGUCACGGGAAGUCAUGCCGGUGUAUCACAUCGGCUCCCUGCUGAGAGGGUGCUGUGCUGUGGCCCUCCACUCACUCCGCCGCAGGGGGGCAGGGAGGGGACGCAGGCCGACCAGCAUGAACGGGACAAUGCCAAUCUGA